GAGGCACAGAACAAAUUAGAAUUUUUGAAAUCUAUAUAUUGCGAGGAUGAAUAUUGCAGCUAUUGCUCCGACGUUGCAUGCAGCUAUUGCUCCAACAUUGCAUGGCGAGUGGAUCAGGGUGGAGCAAAGAGGAAAGGGACCAGGACCGAGAAGUUCACACGCCGUAGCCGUGGUCGGAGAUAAGUUAUACUCAUUCGGCGGCGAGUUAACAUCCAAUGUCCCCAUCGACAAAGACCUUCACGUCUUUGACCUCAACACUCACACUUGGUCAAUCGCUCCGGCCACCGGAGACAUCCCGACCCUCAAUUUCUUAGGGGUCGCCAUGGUGGCCGUUGGACUCAAGCUCUACGUUUUCGGUGGCCGUGAUGCGUCCCGAAAGUACAAUGGAUUUUACUCGUACGAUACGGUGAAAAACGAGUGGAAGCUUGUGACUGGUGUCGAGGAAGGACCCGAGGCUCGUAGCUUCCACUCGAUGGCUUCGGAUGCAGAGAACGUGUACUUGUUCGGUGGGGUAAGUAAAACCACGCGGCUCAAGACGCUAAACGCGUUUAACGUUGCUGAUGAGAAGUGGGUUCAGCUACCGACUCCUGGUGAUUCUUGCAAAGAAAGAGGAGGAGCAGGUCUUGUAGCGGUUCAAGGCAAGUUAUGGGUGUUAUACGGGUUUAGUGGAGACGAGUGUGAUGAUGUUCAUUGCUUUGAUGUGGAUCGCAACGAGUGGACUAAAGUAGAGACUACUGGAGAGAAGCCUUCGCCGAGGAGCGUUUUCGCGUUUGCUGCUGUUGGAAAAUAUGUAAUAGUAUUUGGAGGUGAGAUCGAGAUGGACCCUCAGGCCCAUGUUGGUCCUGGGAAGUUGUGUGGUUUAGGUUUCGUGUUGGACACGGAAACGUUGAAGUGGAAGAAACUGGAAGAUGGAGGAGAGGAGACGUGGCCAGGACCGCGUGGUUGGUGUGCAUCGACGGCUGCGACGGUCAAUGGAAAGAAAGGGAUGCUGAUGUUUGGUGGGAAGUCCCCGACCAACGACCGCUUUGAUGAUCUCUACUUCUAUGAACUGAAUCAGCAUAAUGCUCUCAUCAACGUUCGUGUUGGAAUAUUUUAAUCUCAUAAUUAAGGAGAUUUGUGAGACUUGAUGUAAAAUACCUAAAAAUAAAUAGUGUGUCUCUGCCAUGUGGUUUGAAAGAAGUUGUGAUUGAAUCAUCAUAGUCUGUUUUUCUUAUUAAAUGAAUAAUGUGUGUCUCUGGUUGCAGUUUGAAAUGUGUUUGUUGUACGUGAUUUAAUCACCAGUGUUUUUUAAAUAAAUUAAUAAUGUAAACUACUUUGUAUAAUAAUAUAAAUAAAGAGCGUGGAUUGUAUCCA